AUGGCGAAAAUUAUUACUCUGGGUUUAAUUUCGAUAUUGUUUGGCAUCCUGUUGGAAGAGGUGCAAGCUAUUGCUUGUCUGAUACCGAAGCCUCGAGAGGAGAGAUCGUUGAAGGAGGAAACUGAAAUUAGGCCCCGUUUAGAUGGACGCAUUGUGGGUGGUCACAAAAUUAAUGUCACCGAUGCUCCACAUCAGAUAUCAUUGCAGACUUCGGCUCACAUAUGUGGUGGUUCAAUAAUUGCCAAGCAAUGGAUUCUCACAGCAGCUCAUUGCACAGAUGGCAAAAAACCUGAUCGCCUGAAAGUACGUCUUGGCACCUCCAUAUCCUCCAAAGGCGGAGAGCUUCAUGAGGUAGCUGAGAUAUUCCAGCAUGAAAAGUUCAAUUAUUCCAAUGUUGACUACGACUACUCCUUAUUGAAACUGGCCCGGGAAAUUGAGUUCGAUGAAACCAAGCAAGCGGUUAAAUUGCCCGAAACUAAGGAGGAUGCCAUGGACGGUGAUCUUUGUUUUGUUACCGGUUGGGGUAACACUCAAAACGCUUCCGAAUCUCGAGAAUGGCUGCGUUUGACAGAAGUUCCCAUAUUCAAUCAGGAGCAGUGUUCUGAUAAAUAUAAGAAAUUUGGUGGUGUGACGGAACGCAUGAUUUGUGCUGGCUAUAUUGAGGGCGGUAAGGAUGCCUGCCAAGGUGAUUCCGGUGGACCUUUGGUCACCGAAUCGGGUAUGCUAGUUGGUGUCGUUUCAUGGGGUUAUGGCUGCGCCAAGCCUGAUUAUCCUGGAAUUUAUUCAAGAGUAUCAUAUGUUCGUGAUUGGAUACGCACAACCAGUGGCGUUUAG